CGACCCUUCGUUUAUCUGACCUACGACUUUCUCUUGCUGUCUGGCUUUCCUAUUUAAAUCACAAUUCCGCUUCUUACUAGUUUCAAGUUUCAACACUCAAUUUGCGCGUGCCACUGCCGCCCAUCAAGACAAACUCUAUUUCCUCUUAUUGUUGACUCCCUCAAAUUUUCCCUUCUCUUUCUAGUUGCUGAGUUUUUCGUGGUUCACUUUAUAUUUGUAGACAGGCCCUUCAUCUCCUGUGCGGCCUGCUAUUGUUCUACGGCUGCCAAAGAUCUUUAGUUUGGUUCUUCUGAACAGAGAAAGAAGAAGGAAAAAAGAGAAGGCUAUUUAAUCUAGGAAAUUUUAAAUCAGGUUUCGCAUGAAAUACUCAGUUGCAGACAGGAAUAAGGAUGUCAAAUAUACCAACGUCUCUCUCUGAAGUAUGCCUGACUCUCUUUCGCCUUACUAUGUCCAUGGCCGAUCCAUGGCCCUUUUCCUAAACUCCAUCUCAUUCUAACGAAACCUUUUCAGUCUGAUUCUCGUACGCUCCAAAAAAAUAAAAACAAGCGCAAAGCCUUCCUCUUUCACUUCAUAAUCUGACACCAACAAAUGAGAAAGAUAAGAGGUUUCAAGAUCGGGAAACGGCUUGUCCGGAUUUCCAGAUGGUUCAUUCGCAAAGCUCGGAACCCACGUGGAUACCACCACCUGACGCAAGCAGGAUCGUUCUGCAAGUCAAAGACUUUCUCCAAGCUCAUCGGUUGGGGUCGCCGCUUAACUAACGGAGCCAAAUCUAUAUGCUCGGUGAAACCAGGGUCGGGAUACCUUCCCAUUGGUCAAGACCCUGUCGAUGAAAAACCGAAGGAAGUUCCGAAAGGACACUUGGCCGUUUACGUCGGUCAAAAGGACGGCGACUUUCACAGAGUUUUUGUGCCCGUUAUUUACUUUAACCACCCUUUGUUCUGCGAGCUCUUGAGAGAAGCCGAAGAGGAGUAUGGGUUUACGCAGCCAGGUGGAAUCACGAUUCCUUGCCGGUUCUCGGAGUUCGAGAGGGUCCAGACACGGAUCGCCGCGGGAACCGGUGGAAGGAAAUUGAUAUGGAAGCGCCACCAUUGAGAGGCCGCUGCUGCUGGUGGUGCUGGUAAAAAUUUGUUGAUGAUGGCGAUAAUUAUUCUGGUCAAUGAAUGCGAUAAUGAUGUUUUCCGAAUUUUGACUAGAUAGAAUUUAUUCACCUUUACUUUUUACUUUUUUUUUACUUUUUCGGGGGUCUUUUUGAAAGACUUGGUGUAGUGAAAUUUCGGGUGUACAUUUAUAGACAACAAUUUUCUUUAAAUAUGCUGUUACAGUACUGGUAACUUAUUUUA